AUGGUUUAUCGAAUGUCCCUAUCUACCUUCGUGCGUGAGUCGGAGCCGGUUAUGACCCCUUCGUGCAUGCAACUCUUGGCCGGAGGGAUGGUGCUAGGACUGAUAUCGUAUAUGUUUGGCUAUCGAGCUUCCCCGCUAGCGUUUGCCCCUCCCCCCACCCGCGAUUUCUGUAUAUCAGGCAAGGGUGUGAUCAUGAAUCAUGGGCAGCUUGCUGCUCUACACGUCGUUACCUUGAUACCCUCUGGUAUCUACAUCCACGAGUUCAUCACACAUCUGGAUUUCGAUUGGGAGCUGAUUACCCGUCGGUUCGAGGUGCGACGGGCUUUCGUUGCGCGCACAGCUAAAUGGAUAUACCUGGCAUGUCGAGUUCUCGUACUCGGCUACACUAUAGGUGCCAUCAUUGCGUUAUCGUUCCCUGAGGCCUUAGUCUCUGGACGAUUGAUCUGUCGAAUCCCAGUCAAACUUGCCGCCGUGACAGGGCCUCUAGGAGUCAUGUGCUCUUCUAUGCUGUUAUCCAUUCGCGUAGGCGCUAUCUGGGGCUGGAAGAGGCCGAUCGUAAUUCUUCUCGCUAUACUGUUACUAGCCCUUUUUGCCCUGGACAUUGACGACAUGGUCAAGAUAGACCCCAUGUACCAGGAGGUAACCCACAGCUGCUCUUUGAAUACCAUACAAGAAAACAUGGUCCCGUCAACUGUGGGGCUUGUCGUCGACAUUACACUCAUUAGCUUUCUUCUUGUGGGAUUGCAAGGCCAAUGGGGUGACGCUCGUCGAUAUGCCCUCUGGCACAUGCUAUGGAACCAGGGCGUGUUCUAUCUGGUGUUGUCCCUCUCUAUCAGGCUCCCCCUGGUGAUCCUACAGGGGCUCGAUAUUAGCCCCGCCCUAACCACGCUUCUUGUUGUACCCGAUGUUGUCGCUUUAUCCAUGGGCGCAACACGGUUGUUUAGGUCGCUGAACGCAAUAAUACGAGGGACUAAAGGGAAUGCAGGACAUUUCUCGGAGGGUUUAUUCACCGGGGACAGCGAUCAACCUCAAGAGAGUGUCGAACUCGAAACCAUGCUAGUCCAUGAAAGCUGA